AUGGAUCAUGAGCUGCCAAAGGUAUCAGAAAGGUCCAAUACCCCAGACAAAGAAGAGCACAAUGGACUUAUAUGGCAAACUGAUAUCAUUCCUUUCUCAAUGAAUCCAUCGGCUAACAAUCUAUUUCAUGGAGGCAAUGAAUCAGCGGAAAAUUUCCGUCGCGUCGUUAGCCAAUUUACCCAUAGGAAUCGCGGACACAUAAGCCAGGUUCUACAGCCGGCUGUUGACCAGUCCACCACAUCUGUAGCUACAGAGGUCGCUACUUCUGUUGCUCCCUCUCUUGCUAGCCCAGGGUCUUACACGUUACCUCCAAUCGCCAUCAAGACUGAAAAUCCCGACUUUCCCCCACUAAUCGCAAAGAAGAGAGCGGCUAAGUCCUCAUCCCUCCCUCGAAAACAACGCCGACAUUCGUACUCCAUCUCUCAAAAACCGGAUAAUUCACAAGAGAUGCAUCGAAAGAGUCCCUUAAACCUUACAACAGUUAGUAUUGAAAUAGUCAACGACACAAUUCAAUACCUACAAAUACUAUCCGACCGUAUCUUAGUCUCCGACACCAUUUCCUCCAGGGAGUGGGCCACUAUGUAUCUUGCCACACGAUUAUUACAGAGCAGAUACAAAGAGAUCAUCGCGAGGAAAGAGGUAGAACCUGGGACUGUCUCCGAUCUUGAUCCCGCACCAACACAGCCAGGAGAGAAGUGCCGGCAAUGUGCUGCUGUAUAUAAGGAGCGGCUAUAUGAUUGA